AUGAAUGGUGCCAUUGAAAUUGACGCAGACAAAAAUAUCACCAAGUGGCUGAAGGAGCAGGGCCGUCUUGUCAAUGCCAGCACCUUCAAACACAGCUACCCGUUUUGUUGGAGGUCAGACACGCCCCUUAUCUACAAGGCUGUGCCGAGCUGGUUUGUGCGAGUGGAGAACAUGGUUGACAAACUCUUGGACAACAACGGGAAAUGCUAUUGGGUUCCAGAGUUUGUGCGAGAAAAGCGUUUUGGGAACUGGCUGCGCGACGCUCGGGACUGGGCCGUGUCCAGGAACCGAUACUGGGGUACUCCCAUCCCCCUGUGGGUCAGCGAGGACUUUGAGGAGGUUGUGUGUGUAGGGUCCAUGGCUGAACUGGAGGAGCUCACCGGUGUCAAAGUCACAGAUUUGCACAGAGAAAGCAUCGACAGCCUCACGAUCCCGUCCCGCCGUGGUAAAGGUGUCUUGCGGAGAGUGGCUGAGGUCUUCGACUGCUGGUUCGAGUCCGGGAGCAUGCCAUACGCCCAGGCGCAUUACCCCUUUGAAAACAAGAGGGAGUUCGAAGACUCGUUUCCCGCAGACUUCAUCGCAGAGGGCAUCGAUCAAACCAGAGGAUGGUUUUACACCCUCCUGGUCCUGUCCACUGCUCUGUUUGGAAAACCUCCAUUCAAGAACGUCAUUGUGAACGGUCUGGUCCUCGCCAGUGAUGGACAGAAGAUGAGCAAACGCAAGAAGAACUACCCGGACCCCAGCCUCAUCGUGCACAGCUAUGGCGCCGAUGCCCUCAGACUGUACCUGAUCAACUCUCCGGUGGUGAGAGCAGAGAACCUGCGCUUCAAGGAGGAGGGAGUGAGAGACAUUCUGAAGGAUGUGUUCCUGCCCUGGUACAACGCUUACCGCUUCCUGGUCCAGAACGUCCAGCGGCUGCAGAACGAAGAGAACGUCCAGUUUCUCUACAACGAAAACACAGCGAAACAGAGCGACAACAUCAUGGACAAAUGGAUCCAGUCUUUCACACAGUCCCUGAUCCAGUUCUUCAGAGCAGAGAUGGACACGUAUCGCCUCUACACUGUGGUCCCACGGCUGGUGAAGUUUGUGGACAUGCUCACCAACUGGUACGUCCGGACCAACCGCCGCCGUCUGAAGGGCGAGAGUGGAUCGCAGGAGUGCGUGUGGGCGCUGGAGACCCUCUUCAGCGUGCUCUUCUCCAUGUGCCGCCUCAUGGCUCCUUUCACUCCCUUCAUCACAGAGAUGAUGUACCAGAACCUGCGUCACCUCAUCGACCCAGAGUCGGUGGAAGAGAAGGACAACAGCAGCAUCCACUACCUCAUGAUCCCACAAGUCAGGGAGGGUGUCAUCGACAAACGUAUUGAGAGUGCAGUCUUGCAGAUGCAGUCGGUGAUUGAACUGGGACGAGUGAUCCGAGACCGGAAAACGCUCCCGGUGAAGUAUCCGCUGAAGGAGGUGGUGGUCAUUCACCAGGACCCAGAUGCUCUGAAGGACAUCCAGUCUCUGCAGAAGUACAUCCUGGAGGAGCUGAAUGUGCGUCAGUUGACCCUUUCCACGGACAAGGACCGGUACGGGAUACGCCUGAGGGCCGAGCCGGAUCAUAUGGUUCUGGGGAAGAGGUUGAAGGCUGCGUUCAAGUCCAUCACCACCUCCAUCAAGAGCCUGAGCAACGAACAGCUCGAGGCCUUCCAGAAAACAGGAUCCAUCGUGGUGGAUGGACAUGAGCUGCAUGAGGACGACCUGCGGCUGAUGUACACGUUUGACCAGAGUUCUGGAUCAGCGGCUCAGUACGAGGCUCACUCCGACGCUCAGGUCCUGGUUCUUCUGGACGUGACCCCGGACCAGUCGAUGGUGGAUGAGGGAGUGGCUCGUGAGGUCAUCAAUCGCAUUCAGAAACUGCGCAAGAAGGCCCAUUUGGUUCCCUCUGAUGAAAUCACGGUGUACUACCAGUGUCAGCCAAAGGGGGAGUAUUUGGACUCUGUGAUCCAGGCCCAUAAUGACUUCAUCCUGGCCACGACUAAAGCGCCAAUGUUACCGUUCCCGGUCCCCAAGAGCAGCACAGUCAUCAUAGAGGAGAAGACCCAGCUUAAAGGCUCAGAUUUGGAGUUCACCAUCGUCAAAGGAUCCUCAACUCCUAAGAUUCCUCUGAGCGGACCAGCGUGCGCCUACGUCAACGUGAGAGUGAAAGUGAACAACAAGGACCGAGAGGGCGUCGUGUUGUUGGAAAAUCCCAAAGGCGACAACCGCCUCGACUUCCACAAACUGAAGCGCGUCUGCAGCAUAGUUUUCGGGACCAACGGGAACGUCCAGCUCUACAGCGGGGCCACAGAGGUGACGUCCAAAACCGACCUGCAGAGUCUGAGUGGUCAGACUGUAUCCUCCUCGGCUUCAACCUCUGUCUCCGGUGACGCUGUGCUCUGUCCCUACGUGAACCUGCUCCUCUGCAACGCGCAGCCCUCAGAGUGCCAGGUGGGUGAGGUGGGCACACUGCUGCUGCUGAACCCUCGGGGUCAGAACGUUCUAGAUCAUCCACAGCUGCUCAGAGAAGCGGGGAAAGUGUUUGGACUCCGCGACCGACGACUCAAGCUCUAUAUGGACCAGGACUUCAGCGAAGAACUGACAGCGGAUUCAUCUAUGAAGUCUCUGGACACAAAGACGCUCUUCGUCAGGGUUCUUCCCACUACGGCCGAGGCUUAG